AUGCAGCAGCUGAUGACGGCGUCAGCGGUGGCGUGUCGCGCGGGUUCGUGGCAAGAGUUGCGGUCGCGCGGGGCGCUGGGCGCGGGCGUCGACUUUCGAGGGGGGAAAGUCGGCGGCGGCGGCGUGUUUCGUGCUAUUGGCAAGAUGACACCGAACGUACACUCGACGGCGCAAGUUGAGCUGGGGGACGAGGCUCGAGCCACCGAACGCGGAGGCGAGGCAGAGACAGGGCGCACGACCGGGAAUUUCAGCCACUCACGGCGUACGCGCGCGUUGGUUGCUCGUCAGAAAACGUGCAGACUCGGCAUUGACUGGCGACUUGGGGCGAAAGGGUCUGCGUUUUUGUGCUGGGUGCACGCCAUCGAGUCCUUUUUCUGCGCCCAAUGA